AUGAAGGUUAAUUGUAACAAACGCGACCGUAUGAACGGCGAUUUCCGGGGAAUCAAAAGUCAGUACGACAGUGCCAUGUCAGCCAUCAAAAAUAGCUUGGACGUGUGGGGUGCUGGUGCACAUCAAGUCCAGAGACUUUUGGAGAAAAACAAGCACAAGUUCUCUAGACCACCCAUAGGACCCCUGGGCCAAUACGUGAAGUUAUUAGACAUGGAGUUUGCGACUGCAGUGGAGUCGGCCAUUGGAGGUGCUCUGACAUCGUAUUUUGUCGACAAUCACCACGACAGAGUACUAUUGGAACAGAUCCUGAAGACUGUCGC